AUGCCGCGCCUCGCGGCGCGGCCUCGCGUCCUCUGCCCAGUUGGUUGCUUGAUCGUGCGGUGGAGUGCGACUUGGCUGGCCUGCGGGGGGGGGGGCAGUGUAGAUCCCUGCUCCGUUAGUUGGCUGCUCUCGCAUCAUCUACAACGUGUAAGGAGUACAGCUGGUCCGGCUGGUCUGCGGUCUCCCGUUAUGGAGCCGUCACUCGCGGCAAACGGUGGGUCCAAACCACCGCCCCUGACCACUCUGAACGCGGAACUGGCGAGCAUCGCAGUGGAGAACGGCUGCUCCGAUGACAGAAUCAUGUGCCGCUAA